GUCUUUGCUGGUUGACGUCUGCCUCCUGUUUUUUCUGGAGGCUACCAAAUUCAGAUGACAGCCUAGGUUGAAUCUAUCUAGAACUGAUAUGUCUGCAAUAGCAAGAGCGAUGACAACAAAGUUCCGGCUAGCGCUUGUGCAGCUUCUGGUGUCUCCGGUGAAGUCGGAGAACCUGAGCAGAGUGAGCAGGCUGAUCAAAGACGCAGCAGGGCAGGGGGCAAAGAUUGUGGUGCUGCCCGAAUGCUUCAACUCUCCAUAUGGCACAAACUUCUUCCGUGAGUAUGCAGAACAAAUCCCUGGGGAAUCCUCACAGGUGCUGUCGGAAGUGGCAAAGGAAUGUGGGGUUUAUCUCAUUGGAGGCUCCAUCCCAGAGGACGAUGGGGGGAAGCUGUACAAUACCUGCGCGGUGUUCGGGCCUGAUGGUAACCUGCUGCUGAAGCACAGGAAGAUCCACUUGUUUGACAUAGAUGUUCCUGGGAAGAUCCGCUUCCAGGAGUCGGAAACACUCAGCCCUGGCAGCACCUUCUCCACCUUUGAUACGCCUUUCUGUAAGAUUGGAGUUGGGAUCUGCUAUGAUAUCCGGUUUGCUGAGCUGGCUCAGAUCUACACCAAGAAAGGAUGUCAGUUGCUGGUGUAUCCAGGGGCCUUCAACAUGACAACGGGACCAGCCCACUGGGAGCUGCUGCAGAGGGGGAGAGCUGUUGAUAACCAGGUGUAUGUUGCCACGGCUUCGCCAGCAAGGGAUGACAAGGCCUCCUACACAGCCUGGGGCCACAGCAGUGUAGUCAGCCCAUGGGGGGAUGUGGUUGCGAAAGCUGACUCAGAGGAGACCAUUGUGUAUGCAGAUAUUGACCUGCAGUAUCUCACGGAGGUUCGCCAGCAGAUUCCUAUCCACACUCAGAAGCGUCAUGAUCUCUACAGUGUCAGCGCUGUGCAAGAGUGCUAGCUCUGGGCAGUUCCUGAAAAGUUUGCUUUAUAUUCAUGGCUCGCAAUUUGGACAAAGUUAAAGAAGUUUUAUAAAGUGUCAGAGGAAUUCCACUCCUCAGAUUUUCAGCGCCCGUAUGCACCAGUGCAGUGGGAUUAGUUUUUAACUGGUGAUGGGUGAGGCUGUGGUAAUGAUGGUCAUUACGUUUUUAUGGCCAAUCAAUCCCCUGUUAAACCUAGGUGUUGCUGCAUGUACUUCUCAGUCAGUUCUAAAGCAGCUAGAUUAUUCAUUUUUGGCUGACCUAACUAAUGGUGCUCUCACAUGUAUGGGUGAUCUGGCACAUAGAGUUUAGCCAAUCAGAGGAGCUCUUAAACAGCAGCAUGUUACUAUAUGGGUAUCUCCAGUAUGUACCUGAUACGUUUUUGAACCAGCAACAGAUUACCAGGUGUAUUUACUUGCAUACAUAAAUAAAUAAAUCAAUAAAUCAAUAAAUAAAACUACUUAUAGGAGAAAAUACACUAAAUAAUUAGUGCUGCAAUAUGACUUCGCCCUCCAAAUGUGCAGAUUAGAAAACCUCACAAAGGGGGUUGCUAAUGGGCGUAUUUCUGGUACAUAUUGCAUAUGUAGUUUGAUUUUUGUGUUUAACUUUACUUUUAGCUUCCCUGGGGGCUUCAAAGGGAUUGUCAUAGCGGAAGGUUUGUACACAUGAAGUAAAAUGGAAAUGUUAAAAGAUCAGUGGCACUGAGAUGGUUAAUGUUUGCUUCACCUAUAAUGGAACUUUAUUGAGAGAAUCGUAGAAUACAUCUGUAUACCAACUAUAGACACCAUGUCGACACUUAUGGUCUGUAAUGUAUCAUUGUGCCAACCAAUGUGUCUAGAGUUUUAAGACACAUUGAAUAAGUUCAACAUAGUCUUUACUCAGUUGUUUCAACAGAGUGGUUUUAUUGCAAAGAGUAGUCUUCACAGCAUUACAGUACAAUGAAACAAAGUACUGGGGAACUCUCCAACAGCACUGAGAAUUACAAAGGGCCUUUUGCCAGCUCAACCUAUUACCAUCAGCAUUAGCAUUACAGUUGGAAUAGAGAGAAUUAUAAAUUGAGGAGGUUCAUUUUAGUGGCUUAGCUGUCCUUAUGAUUUUUUGUACAUACAUAAAGUUAGUGUGGUCUGGUUAAUGAGUUUCCUUAAGAUAAAAUGCCUUAUCUGAAGAUAUCUAAAUAAAUGAGAAUUUGGCAAGUUAAAUUGUUCUUCAGUAGUUUCAAAUGAAAAAAAAAGUAUCUUUGUUAAAUAAUGUCAAUAAUUGUGUGAGGCCUCUGCCGUGCCAGUCCCCAAUACUGGAUCUUGAAGGGAUGGUAGGAAAUCUGGGUUAUUUGCUAUAGGGGCUAAUAAAGAGAGAUGUUCCUUCAUCCUAAAAAAUGUUUUAAUAUUAUGCCAUGUAAGUAACGUAUUCCAGAUAAUAAAAUUACUUUCAAGCUC